AUGCCUCUGUUACUCCCAAAGACGAGAGUAUUUCAGAGAGCGGCUGGUGUGAAAUACGCGCUCACGCCGAGACUUGUUUGCGGAGCUGGCUCGCGCGCGCCACCUAUCUUACGCCGCAGCAAUCUCUCAGAUUGCUCACAAAUUGUAUCACGGAGAUGCUUUAGCACAGGAUCAAAGUAUCUCGAUCAGGACCUGUUAAACUCGUCAACCGAGGUUCUCAACCUCCGUCUCAAGCUCGAGUUUGACGAGCACAAGGACAUCCGAACCUACCUGCGAAAAUGGCAGCAGUCCCAUUCCAACGACUUGGACCCUGUCCGAGGCCCAGGGACUUCGAACUCCCUGGACGCAUCGGCACCUUGGGUGGGAAACAUGCUCAACGACAACCGUGAGGCUCGCGAUGCCGGAAGCGAUGCUCUACGAGCGGCAGAUGAUUCCUUAGAAUUCACAAACUCGGCCGAUGAAGGAGAGGGACUACAUCAAUACUUGGAGCCGGGUGAUCUGGUGGCGAUGACUGCCGUCGACGGCAUUUUGACUUUCGCCAUUUACAUCCGCUCCAUCCAUAAACAGCAACAAUUCUAUACAGACAGGGGGAAAUGGCGGAUCGCUUUUGCCAAGGAUCUUGACUAUGUCGUCAAGGGAUUUGUGCCUCCAGAAAUGGUUGCGCCCCUGCUCCCGCACGUCCCGGGCGCUGCUGCUCAGAUGAAGACCGAGUUCCAAUCUGUGACCGAAGGCGGAGUCCCGAGAAAUGUUGGUGCGGAGCUUCUCAAGAAAAUGUACACAUUCGACCAAGAGGCGCAGGAGCUGUACCGCGCAAAUGCAGCCCGAUUGGACAGCAUUCAUGACAUUGUGGCCGAUGAGGAAAACUACCGUGAAUAUACCUUGGAGGAGCUGACCUGCAAGGCGCUUGAUAUUGAAAGGGAUCAGCUGAACGAUGUGCUCUUGUUCCUCGUCCAUCGUGUCGCUCACGCUAAUGCUUUCUUCAUCGAGUAUGAUCGGAGUUCGCUUUUUGCCAACCAUUACCUAGUCAAACCGAGACGGAUCGCUAGAGUGUUGGACACGGUCACCACGUGGGCACACGAGCACCAAGAUCACCUUUACCUGAACGUAAAUGGUAAGGGGCUUCCCAACUUGAAGGACCAUCCUCUACAAAAAUUCGUCCAAAAGGCUCAGCGUCUCAUCAAGCGUAGCCGAACCGCGCGGGCGCCAACAACCAUGGCUUGCGUCGGCCCAAGUGCUCAUCGGUUCACCCCGGACCAGGAUGGUAAACCUACGGUCUAUCGCGAAAUGGUUACAGAAAAGUUCAGUGACACCGAUCUUAUGAUCAUCGAGUACUUACAACUAUGGUGUCUUCCGCCGCGCAGAAUGACGUCUGGGACCAUGCGCUCGGCCGGUUCGCACAUAAUGCGCAGUACAGGCAUGUAUGGCGCUGUGGAACUGAAUCCUAUGACAGCAACUCUGUUCCUACAAGAACUGGGUGUUUUCUACCCCUGGGAGAAUAUCCGCUUGUUCGACCAAGGCCUGGCUCUUCCCGGCCACGGCAUUUCUCCCAGCUCGGAUGCGGCGUGGGAGGAAGUCCAGCAAGAGUCGGAAAAGCUCAACUCUCAGGAGCUUCCUGAUAAGAUGAAGGAUGUGCGUACUGACUGGGGUGACCUACCGGUUUAUUGUGUGGAUGAUGCCACUGCCCAGGAGAUUGACGACGGCGUAUCUCUUGAGCGCAUUCCGGGAAUGAACGAUACAUUUUGGAUCCGCGUACAUGUUGCCAACCCUACUGCAUUCCUUGAUUCUGAAGGAAAGGUUAUGCAGUACGCCGCAUCGCGUCUCCAGACAAUGUAUGCCCCGGAGCGUACAUAUCCCAUGAUCCCGAGCUCCCUCACGCAGAAACACUUCAGUUUGGCUCCAGGCCGUCCAACUCUCACCUUCAGCGCGAAAAUGAAUCUGCAAGGCGAAGUUCUUGAUACCAACAUCACGAAUGGAGUGGUUAGAAACGUCAUCUACAUAACACACGGCAAGCUACGCAGUCUUUUCGAACCUAGUCCUGAAAAGGAAUUGGAGCCCUUGAGAGUAGGGGGAGAAUUGCCGAAGCGGAAUUUGCGUGAGGAGUUACAGGAGGAAGUAGAUGAAAAGGAUGAGUCCAAUUUCCGUACGCUGAGACAGUUGAUGCUGGCGUUCCGGGAACAUCGUCGCAAAAACGGCGCCAUGGAAUGGCCUUCAUCGCCCGACAUCUCUCUCUCAAUGGCUGCAGGGACAGAGCCUUUGGCACCAUCCAAUAUGAAGGUGACUGAAGGGCGUUACGUUCUUGGCGAUCCCGUCAUUGAACUGGCCCAACAAAAAGUUGAUCCUCACGAAGUUCCUGAUAUGACGAAGCGCAACCUUAUCUCGACUCUAAUGAACCUGGCCUGCUGGGUCUCUGGGAAAUGGCUGGCCGAACGCAACAUUCCCUCCAUAUAUGACGGAACCUACUAUCAUCCGGAAUACCCCAAAGUAACCAAUGAGAAUCUGUCCGAAUACGGAGGGCAAGCUUGGCUGCAGUUGGCAGCCCCGAAGGGUGUCUCUUCGUCUAGUCCUCUCCACCAUACGCCUCUUGGACUUGACGCCUACGUCAAAGCAACCAGUCCUCUACGGCGGUACACUGACGUCCUUGCUCACUAUCAAAUUGAGGCUGCGCUUCGCUUCGAACACGAGCAUGGCCGCCGCCUGGACGCCCAUACGGAUGAGCCUGCUCUUCCUUUCUCUCGUGAAUAUGUUGAUGAAUAUAUUUCUCGGUCUCGGUGGAAGCGCAAUCGCAUACGGGAAUGUGAUCUGGCCUCGAAGCAAUUCUGGGCAUGCAUGCUUCUGUUCCGUGCCUUCUACUUCUCCGAGUGCCCACUACCCGAGACAUUCGAAUGCUUGAUUCAGCGGCCAUACAGCAGCACCUCCAUGGCUGGAACGCCAUACGGAAAUGGAUAUGCUGCUGUUAUCACAUCUUUGGGAGUUCGCUGCCAGGUCUUGAUACCCGAGGAGAUGUCGGACGCGCCUGACCUGGAUAUCCUCAGUAUCGUGGACGCUAAGAUUACUGCUGUUGAUAUGGCACGCUCCCUUGUGGUCAUGGAAGCAACGCGGGUCGUUAAGCCGUUUGAACGGGUGGGAGAGUGGAGGUGA